CCCUCAGUGUCUCGCGGUUCAUCGAUCAGUGUGGUGUGUGUCGCGUUGUUGCUCCGGUGGAUUUUUUGGUGGUUUGUUCCUGCCUAGGACAUACGCGUAUUUUUUUCGUUUGGUUUUCUUGAGUCGACGCCGUGAUUAUUCAGAGGGCUCGUAAACGGGCCCACCGGCAAAUACAAAGGAAAGAUGCAACCGAGGAUAUACUGGAUUCUGAUCAGUACGGCCGUCAUUCUCGCGGGAUGCAACGCCGCUACCGAGAAAGAUCAAAACGAAAAAGACAGGACAGCGGGAGGAAGUUCGACGACGUACAAUUCCUUUCCGGACGAUCUUUAUUUGGACGACCAAGAAUCUUUGGAAGGUUCUGGUCGAGGUGGCAGCGAAGGUCGCGACGAUCUUGAAGCAUCCGGAAGUGGUCUUGGCCCGGACGACGAGGACGGCGACGACGAUCACGACUUUAAUAAUAAUAGGAUAGAACCACCGCCUCAAAGGCCAGCAAAAGUACCAAACUCUGUCGACGAACCAAGUAAAACUAAGGAACAGACUAUCGUUGAGACUGUAAACCGACCCGAAAACGAGGUCGAUGUAAUCGAACCCUUGGAUGUCGAGGACGAGCACUCGGACAACACCGACGAUAUCCACGAAGUAUAUAUCAUGAAUCCGAAACACGAGGACCGCAGCAGCUCUUUCUUUGCUCAGCCAGGUGUAUUGGCAGCGGUAAUUGGUGGCGCAGUAGUUGGCCUGCUUUGCGCAAUAUUAGUGGUGAUGUUCAUCGUAUAUAGGAUGCGCAAAAAGGACGAGGGUUCAUAUGCUUUGGACGAGCCAAGAAGAUCACCAGCGGCGCAGGCAUUCCCUAAACCAGGCGCGCCGCAUCAUAAUCGAGAAUUCUACGCUUGAGGCGACAAAGCUUAUCUGGCUUUGGCACCGCCCAUUUUUAUCCCACGAUACCAUGCCGAGAAAGACGAUGUCCUUCGACCGAAUUAAGCGCCAUCGCCGAUGAUACGACACAUCCGGAAUCUCCCACGAGGGUCUUACGAAACACCUCGUUCAUUGACCACAGCGAGAUUUCCUUCACGUCGGGGAAAAGCGUCAUAGUGAUCUCUUUCUGAACUUUCGAUCGGAGAAUAUUCCAAAUUCUUCUAAAUUUCCAUUUCAUCUGAACGCUUCUUGAAUCCCUCCAAUUUAUUCGCUUUGAUAAUAUUCGCUUUUGUAUCAUACAAUAAUUAUUGCUUUUAAAUUGAUCACUUCCUGAGGUGGAACCUCCCUUAAGUAUAUAGCACUCUAUUUUUCUACUCGUAUAUCGUUACGAGUAGUAUUCUGAGUUAAGCAUCGGUCCACCUCCGAGAGUAGAAUAUUGAUUUUUCUCUCGGUUUUAAAUUAACUUAUUUCAUUAUUAUCCGUUAUUAAUUCAUUUAUUCGAUUCUCGGAUACUUUAUCUUUUUUCCCCCAUAAUUAUCAUGGGCUGAUCGUACAAGAAAGAGAACGAUGAUGAUUGUCCCAUUGCAAUUAUUCGUCGGCAAGGUUGCGCCAAUUCCAUAUGCAUUUACACAAUGUGUAUUUCGAAGCGUAUACGUAUCCAAGCAUACGUAUAUGCCUCCCUGUACAGGACUGAGAGCGUGAAAAUUCGUGGGCGAUAAACGCUGUUGGUAUGUCGUUAAUCAUUCUGGCCCGGUGGAAGGAGGGAAAGAAAGAAGGAUCGUUCUGCCACCAUGAUUUCUCUUCGACGCCAAUCCUGUGAACUAUAGCCUCGUUUAUCAACGUUUCCUCUGCUGCUCCCUCCUUUUUUUCUACGUUUUUCAUCUACUUUUACUUUGUUUUGUAUUUAACGAUCGCUUCCUAGAUUUACAAAGAUAUUUUUUAACAGUAUGACUGCACAGGGUCUUUAGUCUACUGGCGUUUUUCUCUUUUUUAAGCCCAGUUUUAUAGAACAUUCAUUACAAUUAGUAGAAGAAAAGUAAGGCAUUUUAAGAACAAGAAAUUGUCUUUUUUUAAGUUUUGUUUUUCUUUUAGAAAAAAAAAUUUGUAACUUAUUUUAAUUAUUAGAUUAGAAAUUAAAUGAAUACAAUUAUAUAAUACAUUAGAAACAUUAAAAAUUAAAAAAUAAUAUAUUUGCUUGAUGACUAAAAAACAAUGACUAUGGGAAAAUUAUAGAUAAAUAUAUUAAAAAGUAAUUUAAGAUUUUUAUUUUUCUUUUAUUAAUAAUUUUAUAAGUUAUUAAUGUAGAUACGACUUAGGAUAAUUAAAUAUAUAAUCCAGUAAAAAAAAUCAAUGAUUACAACGCGUUUGCAUAUUGGUAAAAGCAAAUAGCGCGAUUAUUAAUGAUUCAUUAAAAAAUGUUUUUAGGAAAAAUUUUAAAAAUGUUAAAUCAGUUAAUUUAAAUUAAAUAUAUAUUUGAAUAUUCAUAUCUGAAAUUGUAUUAAUUAUAAAGUUUAUCUAAUCUUACAUAUCGUACUUUAAAUCGCAUUAAUCAUAAAAUUUAUCUCCAAAUCUUAUAUAUUUAAUCAUAUCAAAUUGAUUUACAUCAAUUUAAUUUUCUUUCUAUUUUAAAUACACAUUUCAUUGAAUGAUAAAUGGCACAAAUAAUCGCGAUGUUUCUUCAAUAAGAUAUUCUUUUAUAUUAAAAAAUUAUUUAUUUAACGAGAUGAAACUUAUAUAUCUUUCAUCAAUAAUUAGAUUUAAUAUUUCGUAGUUUUAUAUAUCUAAUUUUAAUUUGCAUCUUAUUUUCUAAUCUUAAUUUUUGAGAUUUUUCUUUAUUUAUUUAAUCGAAUGUGUAGAUUAUUUAAAUUAAUUCUUAUUGAUCCACUUCCACGAAUUCUUCAAAAACAACUGCGUUUGCAAUAAGCGAACAAUUCUCAUCAAACAUGGUUGAAUCAAUUGCCAUUUUAUAUGAUAAAAAUCUCAGUGUGCCAUUUUAAAUAUCUUAAGCGACGUUUUCUGCAACCGAUGAUUUGAUCUUCGUCAAAAUAAUAAAAUAAACGACAUUUGUUGCAAGAAGAGAUUCGCCAUUUUAUUUAAAGAAAAAAAAAAAAAAAAAAAAAAAACAGAGCGUAACGUAAUCCUCGUUGUUUCCUUCUUCCACCGUAAGAAAGCUAAGAAACAUUUUGUAUCUUAAAGAGAAAAGCUGGUCGAGAGAGAUUCUAUUUGCCAUGGAUAAAACAAUAUCCUGCGUAUACGCGAGGACAUUACUCCUUCCGAUCUUAAAAGAAACAUACGUGCGUAUAUAAAUUUAUAUACAGAUGACUUUCAUCUCUGACUAUAAGAGAUAUGCGUAUGCCAUAUUAAAAAAAUUAAUGAAAAAGAAGAUAAUAUAAAAAAAAAAAAAAAAAAAUGCAUACACAGACACACAUUCAAGUGUAUAUCUAUUUGUUCUAAGAUUUUAAUCCGCGGUAUUUAUCUUACGGUCGAUCAGUAUCGCGCGAAAUACGUUGUAAUAAUUUAUUAACUUUUCCACGUAGGACCAAGCGAUUCCCUUUUCUUCUAUCUCCUCUUCUAUCUGUCCUUCUAUAUAUCCUUUCUUUUAAUUUUCCAUUAAUCUUCAGGUGAUCCUGUGGAUCGUUUCCCUCUCCUCAAUUAUUUGAGAUAUUUUCGGCGUCUCGUUCGCCUCUUUCCAGGUAGAACGUAAUUAAUAUUUUAAUUGUCAAACUAUGACAAUAAAAAUGAUUUCUUAUACAUGAUUUGUUAAAAAAAUUAUCAAUUAUUAUUUGGGAAAAGUACAUUUGAUUAUGCUACUGAUCGAGUAUGAAUCAAUAUCAUUGUAAUAUUUAAAUUUUUAUUAUUAUUAUUAUUAUAUUGUUCGUUUUUCUACGCAAAACAAUUUUCGUUCCGUUAUAGUAAAUAUGAACAGGCUAUGUCAAAUUUAUUAUUAUUAUUAUUAUUGAAACAUAGCAAACAUAAAUUCAAUUUUUAAUCCCGCCAUGAAUAUGUUAUUCUAUCAUGUUUCCUCAAUUUCAAUACGAUCCGUAGUAUAUAGUACUAUCUUUUAAUAUCCUUUUUAGAUCACAAUAUUAUUUAACGUUAUUGAAGAAUAAAUGUGAAUAUUGAAUAAUUUGCAUUUCACAAUAUAAUUUUAUAUAUACGAUGUUAUACUUUUUAUAAUAUCUUAUAUAUAAUAUUAUAUUAUUAUUAUUAUAUCCUGUGCAAUAAUAAUAUGAAUUUUAUGUAUACGAAUUGUUGCAUUUAUUAUCGCCUGAAUCGACCAAUAUAUAUAUAUAUAUGAUAAAGCAACAUCAUUUAAAAUAUAAACAGAUUUAACACGAAAUAUUAUUGUUUAUAAUAAAAAAAAAAACAAUGGACGGAUAAAUUUCUAUUUUCUCGUGUAAAUAAAUAAAAUUAUUAGGAUCCUAUUUUUUAAUGUACAAUUUUAUUUAAACAAUAAGAUUAUCAUAAAUCUGUGUUCUACCUGUGUAGGAGGAACACGAGCGCCAUUUUUAUAAAGUCCGAUGUAUCGGGGUAAACUAAAAUAUAUCAUGUCGAUACUGCCAUGUAUUUAAAUAUAUAAGAAACACCAAUUGCCUAGAAGAACUGUCAUAAUAUUCUUUUCUCAUUUGAUUUAAGUGCUUUUUUUUAUUAACGCUUCUAUUAACACUUUUUCCCCAGUUUUUUAAAAUAAUCAACAUAAUUUAUCUUUAUUUUAAUUUCACUUAAACGAUCAUUGAACGUUACGGGCAAAGCGUUUAAAUUUAAUCGACGUAUCACAAUCGAUGUUGCAUAAGACAAUUUUCUUUUAAUUAUAUUAACUUGUAAAAAAAAAAAAAAAUAUAUAUAAA